AACCUACCAGCUGAACCAGCUCCACGAGCACCGCCAGUACCCGCCGCCAUCGAGGUGGCAGCGGCGGGGUGGCGUCGCCGCGACGCACCAGGGCGCCGCUAUGUCGCCUCAUGGGGAAGGACGAGGACUCAUUUGAGCUCGAGGUCGACGAACCGGCCACAACCCUGACGAGGUGGUCGAACGCCGCACGCGACGCCAUCGCCGUCGGCGCCGCGCCAAGAUUUUCGGCAGUGCGGGGCCGCGACGCUUGCGCUCCUCCGUGUCCGUCUGCUUGUCGGAGGCGGUACGUGGUGACCAACCCCUCGUGCCGCCGGCAGCCCCCGAGACCCCUGGAGGCGCACCCGAGGUGGCCAGAGACCCACAAUUAAGCACGUUCAGGCUCAGAUUUAAAAGUUCCUGUACAAAUUGAGAAUCGUCGAGCCGGGUCCAAAAUGCUUUGGGCAAUUUUGAUUGGACUGCUAGGAGGGUUCGCUUUGACAUGGAUGCUUUCAAAGCGCACAGAAAAGGAGAUAACUUGGGAAGAGUUCGUCUAUAACUACCUGAGGCAAGGUUUGGUCGCGCAAGUUCAUGUCCUCAACUACGAGUGGGUGCGAGUCAUCCUGAAAAGCGCUACUGAUGAUUAUGACGAAACUUGUUGGUUUCGAAUCGGCAACUUGUUGCACUUUGAGAGAAAUCUGCAAAAAGAGAUUAGAAGGAGCAACUUGAUGUCCAGCAUUUCUGUUGCACAUAAAAAGGAGACCCGACUGAUCGACAUUUACAAUUACGCUACAGACAUCAUAAACCUUGCUCCCUCAGUUUUGUGCUGGAUUGUUGUUCUACUGAUCCUCAUUGCUGCCGUUUUUGGCAUCAAUCUCUCAAUCAUGUCGGAUGAGCCAGUUUCAACAAAUAUCCACUUAAUCAAUCAACCUAGUCAUUCGAUAAAUUUUAGUGAUAUUGUUGGAUGUGAUGAAGCAAAACUGGAGAUAAUGGAAAUUGUAAAUUUUUUGAAGCAUCCAGAAAUUUACACUGAUAUGGGCGCAAAAAUACCCCGCGGAGCCCUUUUGCAUGGACCACCCGGAACAGGAAAGACGGCUUUGGCCAAGGCAGCUGCCGCUGAGGCAAACGUUGCGUUCAUCACAAUGUCCGGGCCUGAAUUCAACGAGAUCUUUGUCGGCGUGGGACCUCGGAGGGUGCGCCAACUGUUUGAUUUGGCCAAAAGAAACGCUCCGAGCAUCAUCUUCAUUGAUGAAAUUGACAGCAUUGCGAAUAAGCGAAGCGCACUCUCUGGUGGAAGCGAGCAAGACAGUACGCUGAACCAAAUGCUGGUAGAAAUGGAUGGUUUUGAGGCUUUAGAAAAAGUCAUUGUCAUGGCUGCUACAAAUCGAUUGGAAAUUUUGGACCCCGCUUUGUUGAGAGCGGGAAGGUUCGACCGAUUGGUGAGAGUUCCAGCACCCGAUGAGAAAGACAGAGCUGCUUUGUUCGAGAAGUACCUGCGCUCAGUCAAUGUCCUUGGCACUCUUCGCAAAUCCGAGCUGGCUAAUGAGCUGGCCAAAAUCACCCCAGGGUUCACAGGUGCCACCAUUGCUGGUGUUUGCAACGAGGCGGCUAUUCUUGCAACGAGGAAUGGCCAGUGCUCUGUGGAGCAGCAUAAUUUCAUCGAGGCCAUCGAUCGAGUGCUGACAGGUUCAGGUGGACAAACACACUUGACCCCCGAAGAGAUGUUCGCAGUCGCCCAUCAUGAGGCUGGCCAUGUUGUCACAGCUUGGUUUCUGAAGCACAGCGACCCUCUCUUGAAAGUGACGAUCACACCUCGCGGAAACGCACUUGGCUUCACACAAUUCUCUCCGAAAGAUCUCAAGCUGCAAACGAAAGAGCAGAUCUUUGACCGAAUGUGUGUCCUGCUUGGUGGCCGAGUUGCCGAGGAAUUGUUCUUUGGGAAAAUUUCCACCGGUGCCGCAGAUGACCUCCGAGUUGCCACCAACAUCGCCUAUGAAAUGGUAAUGAGCUUGGGGAUGAGUGACAAAAUCGGAGCUAUGAGUUUUCAAGAGCGAGAAAAAUACCCUCUCUCGGAAGAAUUUUCCAAAAAGAUUGAUUCCGAAGUGCACCAACUCUUGUCCAAGGCUCUCGAGACCACCACUGAACUGCUUUACCUGCACAAGAGCGACAUUUCCUUGAUUGCUGAGAAGCUUAUUGAGAAAAACACGCUGCAAGCCGAAGAAAUUGAAACAUUGAUUGGAAAAAGGCCAUUUGGAUAAGUGAGGUUCCGAAAAGGACAAGAGCCAAGUAGCGCGCGCAGAUUUCUUACAAUUAUUCCAAUUAGUUAUUUUCAUUAAAAGUUACACUUUUACACAAAAAAUUAUAAUUUUU